AAAAAAACAGAAUUUAUUGAAAUCUUUAAAUGGAAUCUUCAAUUAGUAAUAUAAUGUUUGAUAGUGAGGAGAAUGAUGUUUUAUGUAAAAAAUAUGGGGAACUUCUUACUUGGACUCCUAAAACUAAAGAUGAUCUUAAAUUGAAAAAUUAAUCAUAAAUAGCUUAGAAAUAAUUUAGUUAUGUUGGUUCUUAAGCUACAACUAAGGAAUGGACUAAAACUUUAUUACAUACAAGCACUUUGAUUAGUAAAGAAGCAUAUGUCAGAUCACUGAACUCAAUGGAAGCAUUUUAUGAAAAACGAGAAAAAGAGUCUGUUGAUAAUUAAACAAAGAGUCUAUCACCAAUUAAACAUUAAUUUGAAGAAAUAUCAGACUAUACUUUCAAAUUGUAAAAUGGUUUAAAGAAAGUCAGAUUUAGAUUAAAUUCAGAUUAUCAAGUAUGAACUCA